GAGCCCUGUGCUCUCCGGCCCGCUUGGUUUGUGGGUGUGUGUGGCCAGACACUCCAUUGUCCACAAGCUCCCACCUGUCCCGCUGGCAGAACCCUCCGUGUCUUCUUGACCAUUCCCGCGAUGUUUUGGUCUGCCUUCCGUGCAGCGCGGACCUGGUGACUAGAAUCAAUGGCACCGCCAGGCAGUCCCAACGGGGGCGGCAUCCUCGGGGCGCUGUCCAGGUUCUGGAACCGGACAUACGCCCCCGACUAUCUGGGAUUCGCUGGCCUGCUCGCGGCCUACCUCCUCAUCCAGUUCUUCGUCGAGCCUUUCCACCGCAUGUUCUUCAUCAACGACCUCCGCAUUGCCUUCCCGCACGCAGAGAUCGAGCGAGUACCCGUGUGGCUCAACUUUGUCUACGCCCUGUUCAUACCUCUCGGCUUCCUCUUCGUCUACAAUUCGAUCUCGCGGGCCACGUUCCACAAGCACCACAACACGAUCCUCGGCCUCGCCGUCUCGCUGAUCCUCGCAUCGUUCCUGACCGACAUUGUCAAGAAUACCGUGGGCCGGCCACGCCCCGACCUGAUCUCGCGAUGCAAGCCCAGAGCUGGCACGAAGCCCAACGUGCUGGUCACAAUCGACAUCUGCACCGAGACCGACCACCACACCCUCCACGACGGGUGGCGCUCGUUCCCGUCGGGGCACUCGAGCUUCUCGUUCGCCGGCCUCGGAUACCUGGCAUUGUUCCUCGCCGGACAGCUCCGGAUCUUCCGCGACAAGAAGGACCUGGGACGCGCCCUGGUCUGCCUGGCCCCGCUCGUCGGCGCAGCCAUGAUCGCCAUCAGCCGGUGCCAGGACUACCGGCACGAUGUCUAUGACGUCUGCACGGGUACACUACUGGGGUUCACGGUGGCAUUCUUCACGUACCGCAGGUACUGGCCGAGGCUGAGCAGCCGCGAGUGCAACGAGCCGUACCCUGCACCUGGCUCUGCGGAGAUGGACGAGCGGCAGGGAUGGAGGCGUGUGCGGGACGAGGAGGACGGGGGGCCUAUCAUUGGGCGGAACGUUGACUAGCGACGUUUGGGACCAUAGAGGUGUGCAAAACACAUGAGGAUACAUAUGUGACCCGUCACACCUGAUUUUACUAUGAUGAAAGAUCAGAAUAGACUGGGUAUGGCACAUGUACAUGUGUUCUAUUCGAAUUCUUGCAGCAAUGCGUGUGCGCACAUCGAGGAAGGCCUGUCGGCUAGUACAAAGGUCCAUUGCUUGUCGUGUCUAUGCCAUAGAGUCGAUUAAGCUUGCAGAUCACCCAUAAAUAAGAUAUCUUGCACAAUUCUAUUGCGUCGCAACGUGAAUGAAGAACUUGUGAGACUUGUGAGAUCCUCGCGAGGUGCGCGCUGCAGUCUUGGG